AUGAGUUUAAUUGAACUGGAAUCAAAAUUGGUCGAACCAUCCGAAUCGGAUGAAAUCUUUAACAUAACUUAUUCUGAUCAGGAAAAGCCGGUAAAAUCUGAACAGGUCCAUGCCAAACAUGUUCCUAUGGAAAAAGGUUUGCCACCUCUACCAAAGGGAAGCUUAUUUUGGUCGAAUUGGCUGUAUACAGCACUUCUAAUCGCCUUUAGUAUAUUUGUAUGCAUCGCAAUAAUUGUUGGCGUAUUAGUUGUUUACUUUGGUUCGCGAAAAGAUACAAAUUUCGUUUGCGUCUUAACUUUCAAACGAACCAUUCAGAGUUUUACUGGUUAUGAUUCUCGACCAAGAUUCAUUGCGGUGGGGUAUUUGAACAAUGACAGUCAAAUUGAUUUAGCUGUAGCUAAUUCGGGUACAGACAAUAUUGGUAUUUUCCUCGGCUAUGCGAAUGGGACAUUUGCAGAUCAAGUAACCUUCUCAACCGGCUACAAGUCUCAACCAUAUUCAGUUGCCGUUGCAGAUAUGAAUCAUGACAAUAAACAAGAUGUCGUCGUUGCUUAUUAUGGGUUUAAUAGCAUCGCUAUACAUUACGGCGACGGUCAAGGAAAUCUGAUCAAUCCUCAAGUUACCUCACUUGGUGCAGCGCGUCCUAUUUCGUUAUCCAUUGCUGAUUUCAAUAAAGAUACUUAUUUAGAUAUUGCCGUCAUUAAUAAUGGAACAUCAAAUGUCAUCGUACUGUUGGGUCAUUCCGAUGGCUCAUUUGAAAUUUUUACUUCCUAUUACAUGGGCUACGAUUCAGUUCCGUAUGCCAUGGCAGUCGCCGAUCUAAAUAACGAUCGUUUUCUUGAUAUUGCCAUUGUUAAUUAUGGAACGAGUACCAUAACUAUUUUGACUGGUAACGGAGAUGCAACAUUCAAUAAUUCGUUGAGUUAUUCGACUGGAAAAAAAUCGAAUCCCUGUUCGAUAACUAUCGGUGAUUUUAAUCAGGAUCAACAGUUAGAUCUCGCUAUAGUGAAUUCGGGUACGAGUACGAUGGGAAUAGUUUUUGGGUAUAACAAUGGAACGUUUAGUGAUCAAGUAACAUAUUCAACUGGUCUCAAUUCCAGGCCGAGUUUUAUUGCUAGCGGUGAUUUCAAUAGUGAUAAUAGAACAGAUCUUGCUGUUGUGAAUUCUCAAGCGAAUAACGUGAUGAUAUUUGAGCAAACGGCAAACAAAACCAUGGCACCAAUAACAACACAUUGGAUUGAAUACGGUUCUCAGCCAUCAUCAUUCGUGAUCGUUGAUUACGAUCAAGAUGAUCGACCUGAUGCUAUCCUGGCUAAUACCGGUGGAAACAAUAUUUUACUUUUAUCGCAAUACGCAUCGAACCCCGUGGUAAAUUUAGCAACAUAUCUCAUUCAAACAGCAGCUUAUCCAAUCUUUGUUGCUACUCGCGAUUUUAACAAAGAUGGUCAAUUAGAUAUUGUCGUCCUUAAUCAGGCUACCUCUACGAUUGGAAUUUUAUUUGGUCAAGGAAAUGGAACGUUUACUAAUCUAACAUUGUAUUCGGUCGGAAACACUUCACAACCGUAUUUUCUCGCCAUUGGUGAUGUCAAUAACGAUCAACAGCUUGAUUUAGUUGUUGUUUUAACAAGCAUAAGUGAAAUCUUGAUCCUUCUGGGCAAUGCGGACGGAACGUUUCGAUAUGGAAAUCAGUAUUCAACCGGAAAUAAUUCUACUCCAUAUUCGAUUGUUUUAGUUGAUUUAAAUAAUGACACAUUUUUGGACAUUAUCGUCGGAAAUGUUGUCGCUAAUAAUAUUGCUAUCUUCCUUGGCAACAACGAUGGCACAUUUGCUGACUAUACGACAUAUUCAAUUCAAAGUGGAUCGAAUUUUAUCUCGGUUAGUACGGGUGAUGUCAAUCAUGACAAUGUGAUAGACAUCGUAACUGCCAAUUUCGGAAGUAAUAGUUUUUGUGUUCUGUUGGGCUAUGGAAAUGGAUCCUUCCAUGAUGGACGUUAUAUUUCAACAGGUAGCGAUCAACCAUCGGAUAUGAUUCUUGGCGAUGUAAAUAGCGAUGGUAAAUUAGAUAUUGUAUAUACUUCUCCUACCUCGUACAUCGUCGGAGUACUGUAUGGCUUAAACGACGGUAGUUUCACGAGUAUUAUUCGCUAUUCAGCGGGCACCGGAUCUUAUCCAUGGGCCUUAACGCUUGGAUACUUCAAUCAAGACGAUAUAGUAGAUAUUGGCGUUGCUAAUCUUUGGGAUUCUACCGUUAGUAUUUUUCUCGGAUCAGCUAACAGCAACGUGAAUAGCGCGUUCACUUUAUCUUACAAGUUGUCAACCGGGGCUUUAUCUCAACCUGCGGAUAUCGUGUUGUCUGAUGUUAACAAAGAUGGAUACCCAGAUAUCAUUGUGGCUAAUAGCGGUACGAGUAACGUUGGAGUUCUUUUAAUUACGUUCACUGAAGAUUUUCAAAGUAAUCUAACCUUCGCAACUGGUUCUGCACCACAUCCAUCGUCAGUCGCAGUCGGCGAUUUUAAUCACGAUAAUCAAGUUGAUAUCGUUGUUGCCAAUACAGGAAAUAAUAAUAUUCAAGUGUUGUAUGAUUACUAUCAAGGAAGUUCUUCGAAGGAAUUAUCCUAUUCAACAGGUACUGAUUCAAAUCCACAAUAUGUUGUCGUUGGUGACAUAAAUCACGAUAAUCAACUAGAUAUUGUCGUUGCUAAUUACCUCGAUGAUACUAUACAUUUGUUUGCCGGAAAUUCGAAUGGAACAUUUGAAACUUUAAUGAUAAUGUCACUUGGAAGUCAAGUGUUUCCAAAGGCACUCGCUCUGGGCGACUUUAAUCAUGAUGAAUGGCUGGAUAUCGUUGUCGCGAAUGAAGGCGCAGAUAAUCUUGCUGUUUUUCUGGCUUACAAUUAUCCAACAUUCACACGAACAGAUAUGCCUGUUCCAGGAACCACUCCAAGUCCUUUUUAUGUUCUUACCGCUGAUUUCAAUCUGGACAACCACUCGGACAUUGCUGUUCUCAAUCGGUAUGCUGAUACAAUUGGCAUUUAUCUAGGCAAUGGAAUGGGAUCAUUUUCUGAUCAGAUCACUACUAAUUUAGUGCCAUCAUCAUCCAGUACGGCUCUUCUUGCUAUCGAUUUUAAUAAGGAUGGCUAUAUGGAUCUAAUGGUGAGCAAUUAUCAACGAGAAACUUUGGGAUUGUUUCUAGGCUUUGGUAAUGGAUCAUUUAAUGUCCAAUACGAGUGGGGAAGUCCUCAGAAACUUGCUUGUCGUUCUAUCGCCAGCGGAGAUUUUAAUGAGGAUGGUAAUAUCGAUAUUCUUGUUGCUAAUGAUGACUUAAAUCGUGUGGAAAUUUAUUUUGGCAAUGGUGUCCAGUCAGUAACUAAAAUAGUUGCACUUUCUACUGGCAAUUUAUCUACGCCAAGUUAUGUACGUGUUGGUGAUUUCAAUCACGAUCAACAUCUUGAUAUAGCUGUGGCUGAUUAUGGUACCAUGAAUGUUGCUGUCUUCCUGGGUUUCGGUAAUGCUUCAUUUGCGCGACUAGUUUUAUAUACAACAAAUGGUGCAAUUGCACCACGGGUAAUGGCAAUAGGCGAUCUAAAUAACGAUGGUAAUAUCGAUAUUGUUGUCGGCGAUGGGGACAGUUAUAAUAUUGGAAUCUUUUUUGGUUCUACCAACGGAACAUUUUCUUCGAUAGUAACGUAUGCAAUUAUUUCUCAACCAUUUAUAAGCUCUAUUAAUAUAAUUGACUUAAAUAAUGAUAAUGCAUUAGAUAUUGUGAUGACUGAUUGGGGCUUAUCAAAUAAUAAUCUUGGAACCCUUGCUAUUUUAUAUGGGCAUGGAAACGGACAAUUUGCCGUGCUGAAAACUUAUAUAAUUGGUUUGAAUACAGAACCCAGCUUUGCUGCGUUUGCAGACUUCAAUCAGGACACACGUAUGGAUAUUGUUACUGCGAAUUAUUACAGUGAUAGUUUAAGUGUAUUAUUUCGCUUGAGCAACGAACCAUUUGCAACGGCAACAAUGUAUUCGACAGGUAAUCAAUCAAAUCCAGACUCGCUUGCGGUCGGUGAUAUGGAUAAUGAUGCAAAUCUCGACGUUAUUGUGACGAAUUCUGGCACAGAUAAUCUCUUGAUUUACUAUGGAGAUGGUCUUGGAUCGUUUGAGACUAUCAUGAGCCUUUCAACCGGAGUAAAUUCUAUGCCUAGUGGAGUUGCUGUUAGCGAUGUCAAUCAUGAUAAUUUCAGUGAUAUUCUUGUCAUUAAUUCUCAAACAAAUGAUUUGCUUGUUUUUCUCAACAGAGCCAACAAAAGUUUCGCACUCCAAGGUAACUAUUCAACCGGUUUAAGUUCGAAUCCUUCGGCAAUUAGUGUCAAUUGUUUGAAUAACGAUACUCAUCCGGACUUAGUUGUUGCAAAUUUUGAUGCAAGUAAUGUUCUUGUAUUUUACGGCAAUGGCAAUGGAACUUUCAUGGAUGCACAGGUCUUCUCUAUGGGCUACCAUGCGACUCCAAAAUCGAUCAGUAUUGCAGAUGUCAACAAUGAUAAGCUAUUGGACAUCAUCGUCGCUAAUUACGGCUCAAACUAUGUAGAAAUUUUGAGGCAAACUUGUAAUUAA